AUGGCUGUCACAGUGACUGCCGCAAGCUGUUUCCAAAACGUCCUGGUGACCGAAGAGCCCUCGCUGUUCGUAGAAACUGCCCUGAAAACGCAUGAUCCUGCACAAAAAACGAAAGACAUCGAAGUGGAAUGUGACCCCGACGCGAUCACAAUCCAAUUGCGAGGGGCGCGAAACUUCAAUGGAAUGAUCUAUCCCAAAGGACUCUCGACGAACUCUUCCUGCAUGGCCCAGUAUAACAAUGUCGGAGGGAAUCUUGUUUACAAAUUACCCCUGAGGAGUUGUAAUACGAUGAGCACAGAUGUCCGUGGGGGCAUCGAGUAUUUCAACACAGUCAUCGUGGAGCCUCACAAGAAAGUCGUAACGAACCAAGGCAAAGGUUUCCACGUUCGCUGCAAAUAUCAGAGCACCCACAACCAUACCACUUUAGAGGAAACGUCAGUCGAUAAGAAGGUUCGACCGGAUGUCCAUAUGAAAAUUUAUGUCGGGAAUUCGGAGCGCGAAGUCAUCGCGGAAAAUGUCAAGAUCGGCGAUCCCUUGACGCUUUCCAUCGCCAUCGAGCCUAAUCCAACCUACGGAAUCCGAGUCACGAACUGCGUUGUCCGGGAUGGAUUGAGCUGGGGAGCUCAGCCGCUAGUCAACAAUGAAGGGUGCCCGAUCGAUCGCGAAAUCAUGCCUGGAUUCGAGUACAGCGAGGCAGCAACGAAAGCGACGUCCACAUUCCUCGCUCACAAGUUCCCCUACACGAAGUCGGUUUACUACCAGUGCCAUGUGAGACUCUGCCACAAACCGUCCGGAGGCUGCGACGACAUCCCGCCUGCUUGCGAUGGAAGUCGACCCAAUCGUCGCGGACGUGGAAGGGUUCCACGAUCGCUUUCCCGGAGCGUCAGGGAUGUCGAAGAGAUCAAGGCUAUCGAAAUCGGAGACAAAAGCACCGAAGUCUUUUCAGGCCUCUACGUCAAUGAGCCCUCCGAUGUCGAAGGAGAAGCAUCGUCUUCCGCAACCACCAACGAGACUUUCGACUUCUGCUUAUCGACUCGGAAGUUCGCUCUGGCCGUCAUACUCGCCGGGAUCCUCCUCCUGCUCCUGGUUCUCUUGUUGGUCUGGUGCAUCAUGCAGCGUCGACGCAGGAAGGGCUCCUCAGGAAAUUCCUCGAUCUAUUCCGGGGCAUAUUCGAAUCGCGCCUACAGUCACUGA